GGGUCAGCUUCGCGGGUGUCCAAAACGUUGCUUGAAAUCCGAAGAUCCCCUCUUUCUAAACGCCGCCUCGACGCUCUUCGUCUUCUCCCAUUUCUCUCGACCCUUUCGAUAUGGAGGAUGACGACGAGUUCGGCGAGCUCUACACCGACGUCCUCUACCCCGUCGCGGUCGCUGCGCCUCUGCCGCCGUCGCAGCCGCAGCCGCAGUCUUCGUCCUCCGCGUCAUCCCUCCGAGGUCGCCCCGAUCCCCUCCGUUUCGCUGAGGAAGACGAUUCUGAAGGCGGCGUCAAGGAUGGCGACAAGGACGGGCUCUUGUUCGACGCCUCUCGCGCCGACCCUGCCGUCGAACCCCCAUCGACGGCCCAUCAAGCCCUAUCUUCGGGCGCCGCCGCCGCCGCCGCCGCUGAAGACGACGGUGAGGAUGAUUGGAUGCUCGGCCGCGCGCCUCCGGCCGUGGAUCCACCAGAUAAUUGGGAUGACGAGGACGACGCCGUCUCAUCGCGCCCGGCGGUGGGCGGAGAUGGCGAGCCUAGGGUUUUGGAGGAUGCCGAGAAGGAAGCUAGGGUUUCGGGGAUUCCUGAUCGGGAUGGUGAAAUCGGUGAGUCGGAGAGGUCUGCAGCCCCGGAAGAGCCGGAAGAGGACGGGGAUCGGUUGUUUGUAGGUGGAGUAGGUGAGAAUUUGGGCGAUCUGGAUCAAGUUCCGCUCAUUCCUGGACUCUCAGCUGGACCAGCCCCUUCUGGACCUCUUGUUGGCAUGAACAGCGAGAUGGGGAAGCUUUCACAAAGUGAGGAUUAUGAUAGUGAUAGUGAAGAUGAUCUUCAGAUCGUGCUCAACGAUAGCAAUCAUGGACCGCCUGGUGCCGAGAGGAGUAAUAUAGUUGAGUUUGAUGAAGAGGAUGAUGAAGAUGGAGAAGAGGAUUUGGUUAUUGUCACUGAUGAGGACCAGCAUCACCACCUUCCAGCUAUGGAGGUGCAAGACUGGGGUGAGGAGACUCUUCAGCCAACUGGGGAAGGGGAAAGAAAAGAGAUGGUAGAUGCGGCUAAAGGGAUUGGUGCUACUGGAACUGCACCGGGGGCAAGAAUUGGGUACAACAAUCAUGGGAUUCACACACAACAUCAUUCAAUGUACAAGUACAUUAGACCUGGUGCUGCACCUUUACCUGGGGAUCCAGCUGCUGGCGCAUUAGGCCCGCCAGGUGCUGCUCGCCCUUCUCUUGUCUCAGGUCCUACAGCUGGUCAUGGAAGAGGUGACUGGAGGCCUGCAAGCGGUAGGGGGAUUCCAAGUGCCCCCAAAAGCUACCACACAAACUUUGGAUUCCCUGGUUGGGCCAAUGGUUCAGCCCGUGCCAGUGGCGGUGGACUGGAUUUCACCCUACCUUCACACAAGACGAUCUUUGAUGUUGACAUAGAGAGUUUUGAGGAAAAACCAUGGAAACAUCCUGGAGUUGAUAUUUCAGAUUUCUUUAAUUUUGGAUUAGAUGAAGACAAGUGGAAGGAUUAUUGCAAGCGACUGGAUCAACUUCGUUUGGAGUCAACCAUGCAAAGCAAGAUUCGUGUAUAUGAGAGUGGCCGGUCGGAGCAGGAGUAUGAUCCAGAUUUACCUCCUGAGUUGGCAGCUGCAGCAGGCCAUGAUAUCUCUGCUAAUUGUGGACAUGUAAAAGCAGAUGAUGAAGAAAUAAAAUUUACUGGCCAAGGAAGAGGACCUGCAGUUAUGAGGGCGCCAUUACCAACUGGAAGAGCGAUACAGGUUGAGGGUGGUUAUGGUGAACGCCUGCCCUCUAUUGACACCAGGCCUCCUCGCAUCCGUGAUUCAGAUGCUGUUAUAGAGAUUGUGUUGCAGGACUCUUUUGAUGACCCAAAAAUGUACAGUUGUACGCCAGAGCAAUUAGAGAGGGAUGUUGAAGGAGAUUGUGGUAGAAGUUUUCAUAAAGAUGAAAAGGAUGACAGGAAUACUGUAUCAGGAUAUAUGAAUCGCAUUCCGCAUACUUCCAGCACUAGGGACAAGGAAAUGAUCAAGAGAGUCCCCUUUGCGAAGGAAAAAGAUGAGUUAUUGCCCUUGCCUUCAGAUUCAUCUGCUGAAUACCGUCGAGAUUCUAGAACAAGGAGUCCUGUAUCUGCUGUUGAUGGAGCAUCUGGGAUACAUCAAGGGGGAAGAUUGCUGAAAGGAUCUUCAUCUAGAAAGCGCUCAAGGGCUCGUGAACAAUCUGCCGAUAGCAUCCCUAGCCGCAGUGCUCAUUCGAGCAGGAAUGGUGAUCAGCAAAAGGAAACACUGUUAGAUAGCACUGAAGUCAAUCAGAAUUCUCAAACAUUACCUGCUGUUGCUGAUGAUACUACAAGAGAGCUUGGUGUUGAAGAACAAUAUCAUGAUCAGGACGAAAAGCUUGCACUGGUUGAUAGUGUGGAAAUUGAAGGGGAUGACGUAACAUCAGACUUUCAUAUUUCUAGUGAGACUGGUGGUGAUGAUAAUUUAAUUCACCCUGGCAAGAAGCAAAAGAUUUGCUCACGGGUUGAGCAACCUGCAGUGCAGGAUAGAGGCUACGAGGAUGAGUUGCAGCCUCCAACUAGUGACAACAGUAGAGAAAAGUCUGGGAGUAGCAAGGAUUGUAUUAGGCAGGCUGAAAAUGGUGAAGUUAUACAAGAAGGACAUUCAAGUCAGACGGGUGACUUGAAAAAGUCCCAGAAGGAAGAUGAGCAUAACUUGCAUGCAAAAGAUGAAGAUGGUCUGGAUGCCAGACAACAGAGAGAAAAGAAUCAGAUUGUUUCCAAAGGAAGGGAAGAUGCAUCUAUUUCUUCUCAAAACCUUCUUCGAGGUAGAAGUUACGACAGGAGAAAGGAAUCAGAAUCUUCUACCAGUUCAUGGCAAAGAAGAGAGUCUAACAUGCAUGGUAGACGAUCCAAAGAUGAAGACAUAAGGUGGGAAAACAAUGAGGAAAUGUCAAGGCACCAGAGUAAGUUAAGGACAAUUGACAGGAAUCAGAAAGAUGAAGAUCAGUCGAGAAAGCAUGUAGAAGGUGGCGAAUGGAGAGGCCACACUAGAGAUGAAGUCUUAAGGCAGAGGGAGAGGGAUGAUCUAUUGAUGAGCCGCCGUGAGAAUAUGGAUAAUCCUCUUAUAAAGAGAAAAAGGGAUGAAGAAUAUCUGAGAGGAAAAGCUGACAAGGUAGAUACUUCACAUGGUCAUAGGGAUAGGGAAGAUUCUGGACGUAGGAAACGAGAAAGGGAUGAUGGCUUACAUCACAAGAGAGAGGUUGACACUAGAAUGAGAGAUAAGGCUGAUGAUCACCUAUCUUCCAAGCCUAAAGAUGAUAGCUGGCGCCAUAGGGAAAGAGAUGAAAGGCAGCGACUUAAACCUCAUGAAGUGAUGCAUCGGGAAAGAGAAGAAGGGCGGGUAACUGUAAGGAGUGGACGAGUUACGGAAGAUAAACCAGUGGGUGGUAAUGGUAGGAACAGGGAUGAAUUAAAACCUAUUAGUUACGAUAAAGAUUAUCAAGAGAAAGAAAGAAGGCGUCACACUGAGCUUUCAAGGAGAGAUCGUGCUAGGGAAGAUAAUAUGUCACAAAAUAAAGGACGUGGAGAUACAUCUGUGCAUGACAAACAUUCAAAUGCUGAUGGAAGAAGUUCUAGGCAUGAAAAGCUAAAUACAUAUGUUGAUCACCCUCCUAGUGCUGAUGGCCAACAGAUGUACAGGGAAAAACAUAGAGAAAAUACAAGUAAAGCUAAAGAUGUUAAAUCUCACGAUCAGAAUAAUCAGCGCCUUGGCAAGAGAAAGCAUGAUGACCGCCACAACUCUCACAAAAAUGAGAAGGUCUAUAUUAAAGAGUCAGAUGAGCAGGAAAGCAACAAUACAUCUUCCAUGACUCUCUCCAAGAAGAAUUCCCACCAAAUCCAUGAACAACGCGAGGCCACUCAACAGCAUACCACUGUGAAGAAACAAGGAGAAGAUGAUCCCGUCUCAGAUGAUGAGAACCAGGGUAAUAGGAGGGGACGUUCUAAAUUGGAGCGCUGGACCAGCCACAAAGAGAGGGAUUAUGAUGCCAUCAACAACUCUCAGACAUUAUCUGCUUCCUCGAGGGGCAAGAAGAUUGAAGGCAAUGCUGUUAAUGUAGCAAAGGAAGAUGAAUUAGUGAAGACUGAGCUUAGUAAUAAUGCUGGUGAAUUAGAUGUCAAGGGUGCUGAUGGAGGACAGGUUUCUGUUAAGAUGGUGGACGACCAGGAUCGCCACCUAGAUACUGUGGCUAAGCUUAAGAGACGAAGUGAGCGCUUCAAACUUCCUAUGCCACGGGAAAAGGAGAUUACUUCAAACAAAAAAAUGGAAAACGAAGUGCAGUUAUCCAACAACGAAGCUGGUCUUGAUUCAGAGGUAAAGCCCGAGCGACCAGCCAGGAAAAGAAGGUGGACUGGUAGCUGAUUAUGCGUCUUUGCUGCAUCCACAGGAUCAUUGCAAUUGUGUUUGGUGAAGCAGAUGGGUAAGUUGGUGCCUCUGCUAUAGCUCUCGGGUGUGUUCCUUCCCUUCCAACCCCUUUUCUCCUUUCCCCCCAACACUAAAGUGAGUAGACUAAGAAAAGAAAGGUGAUAGAGAAGAAGAGGGAAAAGUGAAAAUAAAAUGCUAUAUUCGAUUGUGUUUUAAAUGGCAUAUUCUGGAUAUGCAACUUUAAACAUGUUGGAUGGUGGUAGGAAGUUUGUAUUUU